CUGCCCAAUCUCAAAGAUCAUCUGGGAAGGUUUUUCUCUCAUUCCCACUCCCGUCUUGAGCACAGUUGGUGGGGCCUUCUCAGUGGUGGACCCCAGCCUUAGAACUCUCUCCCCAAGGAGAUUAGACGGGCACCCACCCUGUCCACCUUCCAUAAAGAUCUAAAAAUGUGGAUGUUCCACUGUGCUUUUGAUUAAGCAGUUCCCAGAUAAUUUUGGCCCCUGCUAUGGCCCAAAGUUUAAUCCUUGCACUUUACUACUGCUUCUUACCCAGAGAUAUAGUACUCUAUCUCAUUUUGCUCUCCAUUCCUAAUUUUGUCAUCUGGCUUCUGCACUUUAUCCAUCAGCCCUGUCCUUGCAACUGAUUUGCACUAGCCCACCCACCCCUCAAAACUAUUUACUACUCAGGCCAUUGGUGGUUUGUUUGAUAGUGGUUUAUACUAUGUUAUGUUGUGUGCUGUCUUAUAUUUUCUAUUAUGAUGUUGUUUUAUGAAUUUUAUUAUGUUAUAUUUUAACUAUGUUGAUUGAGCUUGUCCCCAUGUAAGCUUCCCUGAGUCCCUUCAGGAAAAUGGAGGCGGAAUACAAAAAUAGUUGUUGUUGUUGCUGUUGUUGUUAGACCUUUAUUGCUGUUUUGAAAAGAACACCUCCUUCCUGAAAGGGAGCAACAAUUCUCUGUCUUUCCCUCUUUGUUUCCUUUAUCCAAAUGUGAAUGUCUAAUUUCAUUUUAGGAUCUGAUCUGUCAUCACCUGGACUUUCUGAAAAAGCAGAAAGAGAAAAUGCUGGUAUAUACAGUUCAAACAACAAUGGAAAGCCAAGACUUACUUAAGAUAAUGAAAACAGAGAUGGAGAAGACAAAGGUAAACUUCAGACAACUACAUCAUUUUUUGGAAGCUGAAGAGAAGCUUCUACUUGCUCAGAUGGAAAAAGUGGUGAAGGAGAUCACAGGCAAGAGAGAUACAGUCUUGAUCAGAGUUUCAAAGGAAAUGUCCUCUCUUGAAAAUUGUGUCCGAGAGAUGGAAGAAAAAUGUCAGCAACCACAACUACACCUCCUUCAGGAUGUUAAAAACAUUUCUCUGAGCACUAAAAAAAAGAAAGCAUUUAAGAAUCCAAUGCUUUUUCCUCCAAAACUGAAAUGGCAAAUUUGGGACUGCUCUGAUGUAAAUUCCUUUCAAGUUGGCAUCAUGAACCAAUUUAGAGAUGCCCUGAUAUCAGGACACAAGUGGCAGAAAGCAAAUAUCACUCUGGAUCCAAACACAGCACACCCACAACUCAUCCUUUCUCAUGGCCGUAAGAGUGUGAGAUGGGGAGAAAAAUGCCAAAAGUUGCCGCAGAAGGCGGAAAGAUUUGAAGAAAAAUUUAUCGUGUUGGGCCGUGAGGGAUUCACAACCGGGAGACAUUUCUGGGACAUUUUUGUAGGCAGUGAAGAGGAAUGGGCCGUGGGAGUUGCCAGGAAAUCUGUGGAGAGAAAGGGCGCCAUUGAGUUUUCUCCCAAAGGAGGAAUCUGGGAGAUGGGGAAGUGGGGAGGGCAAUACAGGGCCCCCAACCCCAGUAAUGACAAUCUUCUCUCACUAGACAAGGAACUCAAGAGGAUCCGCAUUUGUCUGAACAGUGCAGCAGGUCAUAUGACUUUUUAUGAUUUAGACACUACAACCCGAAUCCACACCUUCUUAGCACCCUCCUUCUCAGAAGAGACUCUCCUCCCCUUCUUUUGGGUGAGGCGAAAUGGUUACCUCCACAUUUUAUAAUAAAAUGUACAAGCGUGCUUCCUAAAUCAAAAUAAUAGGAUUGUUUUCUCAGAAGGCUAGAUAUAUCGAUCUAUUGAUCGAUCAAUUUUAGGGAGCAUUUUGACAAUCCUAGACAUGGUUAAACUAAAUUACUAUUUAGUCUUUCAUUUUCUUUGACUAUCUUUCCAACCUCUGCAGUUAUCUUCUAAAAGAAACAAAACCAAAAAACCCAAAAACACUUUUAACAGUGAUAAAUAAUUUGAGGAGGGUACACACUGUAGGAAAGAGGUAGACUGGGAAUCCCUAUUAUAAAAUUGUAUUAUGAGGCAUGUUGUUUAGUAUGGUUGGAGGAAUGGAUACUACUAAGAUGAAAGACUCAUGAAAAUGGGAAGUUAUGACUUAAGAUUUGGGCGGUAUAGUUUUUUUUGGUAUGAUGAAGUUAAGGCACUUGCUGAAUAUUAAAGGCUCUUCUAUGAGUUUGGUAUACAUAGUAGCAAAGACUUUAUCUAAUCAACCUCUUCUAAUCAACCUGCUUAAGCAGGGGUUAAAACUUGGAUAAGGUUGUUUUUUGAUGACCUUUUUUUACUUUGAACAAGAGAGAUGCUGCUUAAGCAGUGGUUCUUAACCUGGGAUUUCCAGAUGUUUUUGGCCUACAGCUCCCAGAAAUCCCAGCCUGUUUACAAGCUGUUAGGAUUUCUGGGAGUUGAAGGCCAAAAACAUCUGGGGACCCACAGGUUGAGAACCACUGUUCUUAAGGAAGGCAAAGAUAUCCGUUUCCUUAUAUGCAACUUCAGGAUAGAUUAAAUCAAGGUAAGAGAGCUCUACCUAUAGAAAUGGAAGGCAAUGAGUUUUGUUUAGCCUUGUGAAAAGAUGAGAAUCAUGUAAUUCAAAUAGUAUACAAAUAUAUUUUGAAAUUAGACGUAGUAGAUGAACCUACAAAAGAGUACAGUAGAGUCUCACUUAUCCAACACUCGCUUAUCCAACAUUCUGGAUUAUCCAACGCAUUUUUGUAGUCAAUGUUUUCAAUAUAUUUUGGUGCUAAAUUCGUAAAUACAGUAAUUACUACGUAGCAUUACUGCGUAUUGAACUACUUUUUCUGCCAGAUUUGUUGUAUAACAUGAUGUUUUGGUGCUUAAUUUGUAAAAUCAUAACUUAAUUUGAUGUUUAAUAGGCUUCUCCUUAAUCCCUCCUUAUUAUCCAACAUAUUCGCUUAUCCAACGUUCUGCCGGCCCGUUUAUGUUGGAUAAGUGAGACUCUACUGUAUAUAAGAUGGGCCCAAAACAUUGAUUAUAAUGUUCCAAUGGAAAAAUGUGGAUCAAAGAUAUAAAUUUUGCUUUGUUUUGUAAUUAAGAAACAUAUACAACAUAGGAUGAUGUAUAAAAGGUAAAGGUUUCCCCUGACGUUAAGUCCAGUCGUGACCGACUCUGGGGGUUGGUGCUCAUCUCCAUUUCUAAGCCGAAGAGCCGGCAUUGCCCAUAGACACCUCCAAGGUCAUGUGGCUGGCAUGACUGCAUGGAGCGCCGUUACCUUCCCGCCGGAGCGGUACCUAUUGAUCUACUCACAUUUGCAUGUUUUCGAACUGCUAGGUUGGCAGGAGCUGGGGCUAACAGCGGGCAUUCACUCUGCUCCCGGAAUUUGAACCUGGGACCUUUCAGUCUGCAAGUUCAGCAGCUCAGUGCUUUAACACACUUCGCCACCGGGGUUCCAGGAUGAUGUAUAGAUAGUAUAUAACUCCAAAUAAGUUGUCAAAAGUGUCUAAGAAUGUUUCAGAUCAAUGUUGACUAUAUCAAUAUAAGUAGGGUUCCCUCUUCUAUAUUGGUAAAUUUGUCAAACGGGAAAGACU